ACUUCCGUGAGAUAAAGCGUUUACCUUGAUAUGAAUCAUUUAGUAAUGUAAGAAUGGAAAGUGCUUGAGCAUUCUUUUUUGAUUUACAUAAGUGUAUGAAACUUACACAUGACUUCAGACUGCAAUAGUACCAAUUCAAAGUGAAAAUAAUAACAUGGAGAACUCUGUUACUAAUAAUGAGGCUGAGGAGUUACUUUUCAAGGUUCUUGUCAUAGGAGACUUUGGUGUUGGAAAAACAACAAUUAUCAGAAGAUACACAGAAGGAGUAUUUUCUCAGUAUUAUAAAAUCACUAUUGGUGUAGAUUUUGCUAUAAAGUCCAUAUUGUGGGAUCCCAAAACACACAUAACAUUGCAGCUGUGGGAUAUUGCAGGCCAUGAACGUUUUGGGUAUAUGACCCGUGUAUAUUACAAGUAUGCGACUGCUGCUAUUAUUGUUUAUGACUUGUCAAGGCCAACAACUCUUGAAUCAGUUGUAAAGUGGCACAAUGAUGUUAAAGACAAGGUCACUUUACAGAAUGGACAGCCCAUUCCAAUAAUUUUGUUAGCAAACAAGUGUGAUAUUGAAGGUGUUUCAAUCAAUUCUGAAGUACUGAGAACGUUUUGUAAACAACACAACAUUUUAGCCUGGUUUUUUACAUCAGCCAAAGAAAAUAUUAAUAUUGAUGAAGCUAUUGAAUAUCUCAUCGAAAAGAUCAUUUCCCAGAGGUCUGAUCACAACAAACCAAACAGAGACAGUCUCAUCAGCCUCACUUAUAAACCCAAUUAUAAAAAGAUGAAAUGUUGUGGGACUUGAAAAAGUAAUUUUAAGUGGGUCUUGUACAUUUGACUGACUUCAGAGAUUGAAAGCUGUAUAAUGAUUGUCAGCAAGUUUGUUGAAGUGACUAAAUGCUGCUCACUAGAUUCUUUGUUAGAUUCAUACCUGAUUGGUUUUAAAAUGAAAGAGCUGCUUGCUAACUUGGAAUACAUAUUUAUUUAAAAAGUUUGAAAUAUAUAUAAUGGUUGAUAACUAUAUUUUAUACAUCUUCAUGAAAAUCAUAAGUAAUUUGGGUUGAAUGAAUAGAUUUUUUGUGUGUUUUUUUAAUCAUACUACCAUUGUUAGACAUUGUCUGAAGACAUUAAAGCUAAAUGUGAAUUAAAACAAGUUUCCAUACUAGAAACAUGAUAAAAUUUCAUUAUUACAUUGAGUGUAUUGAUCAAUUUGAUAUGCGAGUUACUUAAUUAUUGCAGUUAUUAUGAUCAAUAAAUGCCCUUUCUUAGGUCAUGGUAAAGUCAGUGUGAUCCCAAAAUUUAAAAUGUUUGUUUGUUUCUUUACAAUCAGUCCAAAACCUGGUAGAUUUUUUUAGAACUUUUCGUAGAUUUUUUAUUUUUAGGUAAUAAAUAAUAAUUGCAAAGAAAGUGAUUUGAGGUUUUGUAGUAAAUGUAAAACUGUAAGAAUAUAUAAUCACCUAGUUUUCAGUUUUUAUUUGUUAAUCAGCUUCAGUCUAGUGUUGAAAGAUACUGUACUUAAACAUUUUCCAACUACACUGUAUAUACAAAUAUACAAGCUCACAUAAACGAACCUUUAUUUGGUUAACUUCUCUGGAACUUAUAAUGUACUUCGAUAUUUUAACAGUGCAGGCACUGGUAAGGUAUUUUAGUGUACAAAGUGCUUUUAAUGUUCAAGUUUCUUUUAUAAAAAUGCUUUCAAUGUUCAAGGUACUUUCAUAGAAAUGCUUUUAUGCUAUUUUUACUUACAGAUUUUCAUCUGAUUUUAUUUUAAUAGCACAUAAAUUUUAAUAUAAAUGCAAGUUCAAAUGAGUGUAUCACCAGUUACAUGUUGUUAUUGUUUAGAAUUUUGUAUGUACUUAAUUUCUUGCUAUAUACACUUUAAAACAAAAUCAAAUGGUAAUAAUGUGCCUUUUAUGGUUGUACAGAAGGCCUAAAGCAUGCUGGCAUGCUUAAAAGUGUCAUAUGACUAUAUUUAUCAUAAGGUUUCUAGAAUGUUAUUUUUUAUUGAUGAAGAGUUGUAAAAGUUAGAGGCAGUUCUGCUUGUGUUUUUAAACUUUUAAGUUGAUUUUGUAUCAUAUAUAUAAAUAGUUAAAGUUCAAAAUAAUGGAAUUUCUUUUCACAGUUGGCAGUACUUGCAGUGAAAUACUACCUAACGAUCUCAUAUGAAAGUUUCAUGUAUUUUUGUUUCAAUCAGUAUUUUGUAUUCCUUGUUGAAGUACAAUAGUCCAAGAACUUGGAAACCUAUAAAACAUUGUUAAAUAAUUAUGAACACAUUAAAUAUACUAGUGUUCUUCCUUUUCAUUGUUCCUUUUUCUUUGUUGUUGUUGUUGUGUUUACUUGUUUUAGACAGGAUAUCUAAUUUUAGUCUUCAUUAAUAAUUUAAUAUAAUUUUACAUUCCUUGAUUCUAACAUACUACAGUGGUUGAACGUUUAGCAAUGGCAGCUUUUCUCAUGUUGAUAUGUAAAUACUAAACUAAUGAAUCUAUUGUACCCAAUAUGGUAGGUGAAACUUACAGAAAAUGUAAAGAUUCAUUAUCCCCCUUUUUUUUGUCUCCCAAAGAUACACAAAAUAAGUGUAAUAUAUUUUUAAUUAAUCAUUUUUAAUAACAACUUUGUUCUUCAGUUCAUUUACUUGAUAUUCAGUAAAGAUCCAAGCACCAUUUUGUACAGUACUGUAGAGUUUGUAGUAAUUUUGGAAUAAGAAAAAAGCUAAUUAAAUUAUCUAAUUAUCAACAAAAACAAACACUAAUAAUUCAACUUUAAAGUUUAAUGAUUUUAUUCCAU